AUGGCUGCAGACCCACCAUCACCAGAAAUACUACUCGGUGAUUAUGGUAGAAACAACAUUCCAAGUGGUCGCUUGACAAUAGUAAACCAACCGGUGAAUGUAGCACAAUUUCAGCUGCAUCCUAGUACAAUCAAUCAGCUUGAAAGACGGUCAUUUGCUGGGAGAGUGAAUGAAGAUGCCAACAAACACCUUGAAAGAUUCCUGACUAUGAGCUCAAUGUUGAAGAUAGAGGGACAUACGGAAGAAACUAAAAGACUUCGUAUGUUCCCAUUUACACUAGCUCAUGAAGCUGAGGAAUGGUUCUAUUCCCUACCUACGGGAAGUAUCACUACAUGGGCUGAGAUGGAGAAAGCAUUCUUGCAAGAAUAUUUCCCCGCAUCCGUAUCAUUGAGAAAAAGAUACGAAAUCCUGAAUUUCAAACAGAAAGAGGGUGACUCACUAGGAGACGCUUACAAAAGAUUCAAAAUAAUUCUAUUGGCAUGUCCUACUCACAAUAUGGAUGAUACUAAGCAGAUGCAAAUGUUCGUUAAUGGACUAAAAAUUCAGGCAAGGCAUAUUCUUGAUUCAGCAGCCGGUGGUUCAUCUAAUUUUGCAACAACCACUGGUAUGAAGAAGAUAAUUGAAGCCAUUGCCUCAAAUGAGCAUCUUGAGUUGUACGACAGAGUGUCAAGCAAGCCCGCAGGAAUUAUUAAUUUGAAGUUGGAAACCAACAAACAGGUAAAAAUUGAAGAAACAGUUGCUACAGAGGUUGAGAAAAGGUUAAAGGCACUAAACAUUGGUGCUCAGAAAGUGGCUCAGGUACAACAAGCAUCAAAUGAAGUAUGUGAAAUUUGUAGUGGACCACACAACACUGUUCACUGUUUUGCAACUCCACAACAGAUUGAAGACAUUAAAUUUUUGAAGCAAAAUAAUCCCUACUCCAACACAUACAAUCCAUGGUGGAAGAAUCAUCCCAACUUUGCAUGGAGAGAUCAGAAAGGGAAUCCCACAACAUUCAAUUCCAAAAACAAUCAAAAGAACACUACUGCUUCUAUCAAGACUUUGGAAGUGCAACUGGGUCAAAUAGCUCAACAUUUGGCUUCAAGUUCACAAGCUCAUGGAACCUUGCCAAGUGGAACUGUUCAGAAUCCUCGAGAUCAAAAUCAUGUCAAAGCUGUGGUCACAAGAAAAAGUAAAGCGACUGAGAAACCUGAAGAAGAAAAAGUUGAAGAUGAUGGAGUGUUAGAGGUUGAUCUCGAAAUCAGAGACAAUUCAAAACAAUCGGAAGAAGUGAUAGCACCUCCAAAAGCUGACAGAAAAGAAACAGGAACCUAA